CGCCAGCGUUAGCAUCAAUACGACCGGUGUCCAAGAUGGUAGCCCACAUAAAGCAUUUUCUCGAUUUCAUGAAUGUUUCUGCGGACAGUGUAAAUAUUCAGUUCAAAGAAAAGGUUCCCACGGUUAAGGUGGACUCUGGGCUUGAGCUCACAGGAUGCGCGCCGAUCGGACGGUACAUCGCCGAGCAGUCGGAGAAAGGACGGACCGUUCUCGGAAAAGAUGCCCAGGAGCGAGCUCUUAUCCAGCAAUGGCUUGAAUACGUGGCUGUUCGGUGGGAACACGGCACACCCUCAUCAGAAAGUGCUCACAGUAUACUACAGGAGCUGGACAGUUACCUAGCGGACCGAUGUUUCUUUGUGGGCAUUUCACUGACUCUGGCUGAUGUCUUUCUUUACUACAGUCUUCAUCCCACUGUUUUGUCACUGACAUUUAAGGAGAAGGAGAAAUACGGUCAUCUCUGCCGUUGGUUUGACCUGGUUCAGCAUCAAGACGGUCUUCGACAGAAUCUCCCAAUCGUAGUUUUCACCAAGACCCGGUUGUACCUCUAACGCCACAUCCUGGGACGACCUCUCUGAAUACAUCAUGGGAACACUUCUCAGUCACAGUACAUGCUAUGAUUGUGUAUCUUUUAGUUCUGUUUUGUGCACUUUAUGCUUGACUCUGUCUUUUCUCUUCUGCAGUCUGUAAUUGUGUUGUGGGAUGAGCUCAGAAUUUUGGUGCUAGCUUAUUUGCCCAACAUUGACUUACAGGAUUAUGGAAAUCAGUUCUCUGUGUGAUUGGAGAGUAGUGAACAGGGCAGGUUAGUACUGAAUCAUGCUAACAGUUGGUACUGAUUCAUGACUGGACAUGUUAGGGUGCAUUCAGACCAAUGAUUGAUAAGAGCUUGCAUGACCGACCACAGCUGGCGACUAAGCAGUGGCUCACAGCAACCGAUGCUAGCUCCACCAAGUGAAAUUCGCUCGUUUUCUACACCGACAUAUCUCGUAAUUGGCGCCAUUUGCAUCUGCUGGCAUCACCAUCACCACGUAAAUUAAGUGUCAGCAUAUAUUAGCGUCCUGCUCUCGUUCCGGUGAUUGGUUCAGCAUAAAGCUAAAAGAUUGAGUUGUAAAGAACGGACCUAAAACAGUGGCUUUCCGACAAAAGUGAUCUUUGCAACCAACUUUAGAUGCAUGACCUCUGUAAAUUGCUGGUGUGAUUGAACCAUUACUUUGUGAAGUGCAACACUUGAAAAGGGGUAUUCCUUUUUAUCUCAGCUCUACGAGGCAUGUUCAUGUCAUAUGUAAUGUUUAUCAAAGGCAGAUUAUUCCUUUUUUUGCUGACAGCAGGUUUAUUGACUAUGAUUUAUAGGGUGGCAGUUCAAAUGUGAUAGCGUGACCGAAGCAUUGAUUGAGGAUGUCACAUCCACGAUAUUGCAUCCCUGUAGGCUCACUCACUACAAACGUGCAUAUGCCUUUACUGUGUGUAUGCAGGUUGUUUUAUUCCUUUAAAAGUAAUGUUUCCCAAUUAAUAGUGACCGAGUACUUAUAUAUGAUUUCCUGUACGAUGUAAAAAUAGGUGGUGGUCUACUAAUGCUGACCUAUUUAUGACUGAUACAGUGUUCUUUUUUGUGUGCGUUUUGUUUAAGCAGUUGCUAAAAGUAGCUGUCAAUUGUUCUUUUUUUUGUCUCCUCGGUUGCUUGUUUCAUAAGCUUCUUCACUGAACGUACUGAGACAAUUUCAGUGGCUUUUUGACGCGGUUGUUGCAGUUGCUCGUCUACCUCUUUGUUAUUUAUGCGCCUGUCGGUGGGUCCUUUUAAGCAUGCUCGAAAAUGACGAAUAACUUUUGUUUCGUCGGCAUGUGGUGUAUUUAUUAUUUGUGGUGAUUCACUGUCGUCUUCUGAACCCAGUUCUCUGCAUAUGUUGCUACCUAAGUGGUAAUAUCGUGUGAUAUUUGUGAAGCGACGUCGCGAGACUUUUCAUGAUCAUUUAUUGGGCUCUAUGUGGAAAUGUAAUGUCUCGGGUUAGGUGAUUCACUCCAGAACAUGUGUCCAUGCACAUGGUUCGGUGUUUGUGGUCAGUUUUGUCACGUUAUUAACAUGUUCCCUGCUGUUCUCGUCUAUGCACGUGGCUCAUGCACAACUUAUGUUAAGUGUCUUUGCAUAAUCUUUCGUGAACGCUGUAAGUGAUAUAAAGUGAUUGAACGUAACGUGUCUUCGGCUGGAGCUGACGUUUAGACAACGAGGCCACUGUUUAUUACCUCUAGUCUCGAUAUUCCUGCAAACAAGUUCUGUGCGAAGGCUAUCGGUAGUUUCUUGUUCUUUAGUGACUAGUGUAUGAUUGAGCUGUGAGCAUUGAUUAAAUCACGACGCAGCUUUCUGUUUAGUUUCAUGGUUGCUUUCCUAGCACACUGACACAAAUAUGUCCUAAUGGACAGUGCGAGUAUUCAUCUUUCUAGCCAGCAAACAACUCUCUUAUGCAAAUUUUCUGCUUCACGCUGUUUCUUUGGCACGUACUGUGGAACCUUUUUAUAGUCAAAUCUUUAGGACUGGAAAAAAAUCGCUGUACCAGUGUCUUCACUAUAGCUGUAGUUCACCUUUUGUAAUUAUGACGUUUCCUAAGCAUAGUAGGUUGAUUCUCGGUGAAAAGAGUGUAAAUUUGCUUUUUACUGAAACGCACAUUUCCAGGCUACUAUCAUUAAACAUACAGAUGCUGCCGCCAUUUGUCUGAUAGGAAAACUGUGAACACCCAUGUAAGAACUGUAGGCAGCUAGUACACAUAGGAAUUGUCGCAUAGUAAAUGAAACGAUGUGUGGAAACCAUGGUGCGUAUAUUUUCAUUGCUUAUUCCGUCAUCUUCAGCAAGUCAGUACUUCGUUCCUUUAUUCGUUGUGUUAUUUUUUUUUAUGAACAAUUAUUUAUGUUGUUCCUUAUAUAGUAAAGAAAUGUACCUUUUUCUUUUAUAUAUCCACUUCUCCUCUGUAUCUGUCUAUUAUAUAAGUGAAAAGAUCCAUCACUGCCUGUGCGAGUAUGAUCGUGAUGAGCGUUUCUCCUUGUAGGUGUUCACUAUAUGCGGGUUUACUAUAAUGAGGUUCUACUGUAUUUGUUUUUUUGGUAGCUUUUUCUUAGUCUCCAAUAGAAUGAUUUUCUGCUACGUUUGAUUCAUUCUUCCUUUUGCAUUCGUUGAUGACCUCUUUUUGAAACUGGAUGAUUGUGACAUGCUUCAGCACUUUUCUUAAGCAAACAGUACCACUCACUAUUUAAGGUUUUCUGUUUACAUAUGGCACUUUUGUAUAAACAGACCAGCUUAUUAGGCACUCUUCAGUUGUUUCACCGCAUUAAGUAGUGUGUUUCGAUUGUGCAUCACGCAAGGCUAAUCGCCGUAAAGGCUACAGAAAAGAAAACAAGAAACCUUACUGCAUGAAAUAGAGCUGCAGAAAAGUAGAAGGUAUGAGAAUGGGGUCCCGUUUUUUUUUUUUUAAUACCUUGGGAGUGUCGCAUAAUCAUGCAUGUUACCCCCUUCCCCGUUUAUAAUCCUUGAGAAGAAAAAAAGAACAUAUAGCCCACAUAUGGAAGUGGGGGCAUAUGUUAUUAAAACCUAUAUAAACAGUGGUGCACAAAUCUGCAUAGGUCAGUGCUCCAAAAGUGUUUGCUCAGACCAUUGCUUCCAUGAUCAGUUAAUGCGUGUGCGACUCUGGAGGUCUCGGAGGCCAUGGUUCAGACAGCAGUCCAAUAUAAUCCAGUUGAAACUCCACCCACAAAACCACGCUGCACUUGUGCUUCGUGCAUCUGCACUCUGAAACAUAGUUGCCGAAGGAUGCCAAUGUACUGUCAUGGAAAUGAGUCUGGUACAUCCAAGUGUAACCUCGAUGUAACGAACACGGAUAUAACGAAUAAUUGAAUGUAAUAAAAUACAUCUAAAAUGAUUGUUGCUAAUAUCAGCAUGUAACAAAUAUAUGCUCGGAAAGAAUACCCAAUAUAGCAAAAGUAUUUGCGUGGCGGAUACGAUUUUACGAUAACAAGGUUCGACUGUAUCUAAUUUCUCUUUUAGUUUCGCAGCGCUGUAUUUGCAACUGUGCACCUAGGUUGUCAUCGCGAUUAUAAUUCCUAGUAGUAUUAGGAGUCUGGUAGCAUGGUAAAGUCUGCAAAUAUUGUGAGCAGUGUACAAGGCCAGAUAUUGAAACUGCUCUAAUUCUAUUUCUUCUUGCAUGCCAUCACUUGCCCUAGUAGUUUGCCUGUUAUCUCUCUGGAAUUGGCCUACAGAGAGCAGUGGAUGGUGAAAAUGAAACCGAAUCAAGCUAAUAGUUGCAUUACGCUAGCCUAGAAAGUUUCUUGGCAAAUGAUCUGAAGUAUGUGCCACUUACUGGACGUUAUCAAGUACUCCGGGCACCAGUGAAGUGUAGAUAAGAGUCUGCAUGAAAAUUUCAUUUAUAAGGCUGUUGAAAAAUGUGAAGGCAGGUAAUUUCAGAAAUGUGCAUAUUGAACACCUUGCAUUAUUUGUCGAAGUCCUCCUCUGCUCGUUUCACUGUGCACCAAUGAUAUUGAUGUUGGGAUUGGGUUUGAAACCAAGGUGAUCAAAGUUUGUUCUCGGGUUUGCCUUCUGUCUUGGUAAUAAAGGACUCCACUGCCCUUGGAGAACCUCUUGAAAAUGA